GCCAGUGAGGGCUGCACAGCUGGCAAUUUACAGACACAUAACGCAGGGAGUAAUUGGCUGCUUGGUGGACCCCUUGUCUGAUGGAGGAGAUGAAUUAGCACAAGUACUGGGACAUAAAUUCAUCUUUUGAUUCAGUUUAUAAACCUCUGGAUCACCAAAAAAAAACUGAAGACCAAGCCUCCCCUCUCCACUGGAACCGUUAUAACCUCCUCACACUAGAAACAUAAGCUGAAAUGAUGGAGAAGUCCAGAUGCACGCAACAGUUAGCGUUCAACCUUCUGUUUGGGUUGUGGUUUACUUGCUGUUUGGCCCAGACCACACCAUCAAACACAGCCACGCCGGCACCCUCACCAUCCCCGUCCCCCCAGUCCCAGAAUGAACGGCUAAAGGUCAGACUGGCUGGAUACCCGCGAAAACACAACGAGGGUCGGGUAGAGCUCUUCUACAAGGGAGAGUGGGGAACCAUCUGUGACGACGACUUCUCAAUAUCCAACGCCAACGUGCUCUGUCGCCAACUGGGCUUUGUCUCAGCCACAGGAUGGACCCACAGUGCCAAAUAUGGCAAGGGCCAAGGGAAAAUCUGGCUGGACAAUGUGCUGUGUAACGGAGGAGAGAAGAGCAUUGACUCCUGCAAGUCUCGCGGCUGGGGCAACAGUGACUGCACUCACGAUGAAGAUGCCGGAGUUGUGUGCAAAGACGAGAGGAUUCCUGGCUUUGUGGACUCAAAUGUUAUUGACGCUUUCGUAGAUGAGAACAAGAUAGAGGAGGUGCGACUCCGGCCCGUCGUCGCCAUGGCCAAAAAGAGGCUGCCCAUCACGGAGGGUGUUGUGGAGGUGAAACACAAAGACGGCUGGGCUCAGAUCUGCGACUUGGGAUGGACAAUCAAAAACACACGUGUGGUCUGCGGCAUGCUGGGAUUCCCACAUGAGAAGAAAGUCAACAAGAACUUCUACAAACGUCUGAAAAAGCGAGCGGCUGAGAAGGUCUCCAGGCCAAAGGUUAAUGUUUCAGCCGGUGGAAGGCCGACAUCCAAAGCUAAAGCUAACUCUAAGUCUAAACAGAGCAGCCCUGGCAAAAGGUUGUAUUUGGAGCGUCAGAAGAGCUACUUCCACGUUCACUCUGUGGCGUGUACGGGCACAGAGGUCCACCUGGCAGCCUGCCCCCUGGAGUUCAGCAAGAGAAACGCGACAUCGUCCUGCGAGGGCGGCAUGGCGGCCGUGGUCAGCUGCAUGCCGGGGCCUCAGUUCAUGCAGAACAGUGGCCUGAAAAAGAAACUUAAAACUUCGAGCAACGUGAGGCUGAAGGGAGGUGCCAGGCUGGGCGAGGGUCGGGUGGAGGUGCUGAAAGACAACGAGUGGGGAACGGUGUGUGAUGAUCGCUGGAGCCUGCAGUCAGCCAGCGUCGUCUGCAGGGAGCUCGGCUUCGGCAGCGCCAAGGAGGCUCUCACCGGAGCACGCAUGGGACAAGGAAUGGGUCCGAUCUACAUGAACGAGGUGAAGUGUCUCGGUCAGGAGAAGUCCAUCUGGAACUGCCCCUUUAAGAACAUCACGUCAGAGGACUGUCAGCACAUGGAGGACGCUGCUGUCCGCUGCAGCGUGCCCUACAUGGGACUCGAGAGCUUGAUCCGAAUCACAGGAGGACGUACCCGUUACGAAGGCCGUUUGGAGGUGCUGAGCUCAGACUCUAACGGGACGCAGAGCUGGGGUCUGAUCUGUGGAGAGUCCUGGAGCACCAAGGAGGCCAUGGUGGCCUGCAGGCAGCUGGGCUUGGGCUACGCUAACCAGGGCCUGCAAGAAACCUGGUACUGGGACAGCAGCAAUGUGACCGAGAUGAUAAUGAGCGGCGUGAAGUGCACCGGGAACGAGAUGUCUCUGAGUCAGUGCCAGCAUCACAAAACUGUCAGCUGCCAGAAGUCGGCAGCAAAGUUUGCAGCCGGAGUCAUCUGUUCUGACACGGCCUCUGACCUCAUCCUGAACGCCCCACUGGUCCAGCAGACAGUUUACAUCGAGGAUCGCCCUCUGCACAUGCUCUACUGUGCUGCAGAGGAGGACUGCCUCUCGAAAUCUGCAGCCAAGGCCAACUGGCCCUACGGACACCGACGCCUGCUCCGCUUCUCGUCCCAGAUCCACAACAUCGGUCGGGCUGACUUUAAGCCAAAGGCUGGACGGCACUCGUGGGUCUGGCACGCCUGCCAUGGUCACUACCACAGCAUGGACAUUUUCACCCACUAUGAUCUGCUGAACGCUAACGGUAGCAAAGUGGCAGAGGGACACAAAGCCAGUUUCUGUCUGGAGGACACGGAUUGUCAAGAGGGUGUUUCUAAGCGGUACGAGUGCGCCAACUUUGGCGAUCAGGGCAUCACUGUGGGCUGCUGGGAUUUGUACCGUCACGACAUCGACUGCCAGUGGAUCGACAUCACAGACGUCAAACCUGGAAACUACAUUUUGCAGAUUGUGAUCAAUCCGAAUCACGAAGUGGCUGAGAGCGACUUCACCAACAACGCAAUGAAGUGCAACUGCAAAUACGACGGACAUCGAAUCUGGCUCCACAACUGCCACGUUGGUGAUGCAUUCAGUGAGGAGGCAGAGAGGAGGUUUGAGAAGUACCCUGGACAGCUCAAUAACCAGGUUUCUUAAUCAAGAGUAAUUUCAGCAACUAUAUGAGACCUAAAGUGGGGGUUGAAUUAAUAAACACACACCUCACUGGCUCUAAAAGCGAGGAACAAACCUUUUUGUUUUCAAUGGAUUCCCCCACAUAUCUCAGAUUAUCAUGGAAGAAACCAACAGUACUUUCUUCUAGUGAAUGUGUUGUAUGUCUGAGUCAUUAUACUUGAAUAUUCAAGUGCUUAUGUUUUUUUUUAUUUUAUUUUCUUUUCUCAGUCUAAUGUGAGCUAAUGCUAUAUUUUUAUCACAAAAAAAGGAUUUUAUAAAGUCGUACAGUCUGCGUAUGACUAAUGUACAGCCUCCUAUUGAAUGUUUUUAUUCCAAGUUAUGAAUGAGGUGUUAUUUUUUUAUAACCAGUUUUUAUUUUCUUUACUUGGAGCAGGCUGGUUCAGAACUACCUGAGGUGUAAGCAUUAGCUAUAACACAUUUAGAAACCUAAAAACUGAGGCAUGAAGAGGAGCAAAUGCAGCUCUGUGAAGGUCUUACUGGUCUUGAGUGAACGUUCAUACUGGGCAUUAUGGACAGAAGAGAUAGACUGUCCCAUUUUCUAAAAAAAAACCUGCAGGUGCCUCAGAUUAGAACAUGAGAUAUUACAUGUAUAAUUCACUCUGGAUUGGAUUGUAAUCUUGAAGGAUGAAUGUAAUUGAGCAUGUUGCUCAAGAGAAAAGAAGGUUUUCACAUCAGUUUUCUGCCCUCUUUGUUCAGAGGAAUGGUUUUGCUUCAACAUGCCUGCCUCCGCAGCUCCAAUACUUUGUGAAUGUAUUUAUUCCUAAUAUCAAGGUGCUCACGAACAACACUUGUUCAAUAUCGUUAUCGUCAGUUCGAAGGGACUUCGCAACCAGUUUGAUGCUAGCUCUAGUCUGUAUGUAUUACUAAUAGUCAUUUAGAGUCAGAACAUAGAUGUUAUUGGGCAAAGACAAAAAAACUACAAUUACCUUCAAGGAUUGCUGUAUGUAUGCUGAUGUAAUCACUCCCGCUGCACCAAAUAAAAAGGAGAGGAAUAUUAA